AAAAAAACUAUAAAUAAAGAUCCCUGCACAUAAACUUGUCACACAGGAAUCGGUCCAUCAUCGACAAAGGAAAGGGUGCCAUGGAAAUGGAAUGGGAAGGACAAACCCUUGAUCCAGCAAACGUAAUUGGAACACGUCAGCCUCCUCCGCCGUUCCCCUCCGGCGCGCCAAACAAUCAAGUCUCCAAUCAUCCCCCUAACGAUGAUAUUUUUGGCGAUCUCACCUCCAAACUGCGUAAUUUCCGCAUUGUCCAAUAUCCUGAGGAAAAAGGUUUCCCACAAACUGCAUAUAACCUUGCAAAUGAGACUGGGAUUAAGAAUAUCAACGAUGUUGAUGUUGGUAAAGGUGCAAUUCCAAACGAAACUCUGUUUUCGUAUAUGCGAGAUGGUCUUGAAUACGCACAACUGAAGGCAAAUUUGCAUGCUCAUGACUCCGGUUCUUUCAUCAAGUGUUGUUCUCUUGACCCUGUGGAUAUUAUUACAAUUAAUGUGGAUAGCUGCUUAUCACAAAUAAUUGAUGAUAGGAACAAAAAUGCAAUUGAUCAUGAAGAAGAUAUUGACUAUGAUGUGCCAGACAAAGAGUCAGACCAAUCCGAAGUUAAUGUUCAUAAAGGACCUCCAUUAAGGGGUCAGAUCCCUAGUGUGCCAUCAGUGACUCAUCAAGUUUCUAAUUUAGAUGUAUUUGUCUCGGCAGGACAUAGUUUAGAGGGUUCUGCCUGUGCUUGGAGUCCAACAGAUUCUCUUCUGGCAAUUGGAUCUUCAAAUUCAACGGCACAAAUAUGGAAAAUUUCAGAUGACUUCUCCGGUAUGCAUACUUCAAUUCCAGGGGUGCAUUUUCUUAUUCAGUUUGAUGAUAAAACCUAUAAGUCAAGUGGACCAGUCACUAAAGUUGCUUGGAAUGGAGAAGGGGAACUUCUUGCAAUAGGUUCAGAGUAUGGGUUCGCAAGUAUUUGGUGUAAGAAUGGUGAAUUACGCAAGACACUAUACAAAGAUGAAGAGUCUAUAUCAUCUAUAUUAUGGAACAGUAAAGGUGAUCUUCUCCUAAUUGGAAGUGAUGACAGCAGAUUUAUAAUAUGGGACACAAUAACUUGGAAACCCAAGCAAAAAUUAAGAUUUGAUCCAGAACUGCCUGUUGUUAUUGCUGCAUGGAGAGACAAUACUUCAUUUACAAUAUGCUCAAGGGACAUGAGAAUUUAUGUUUGGAACGUUGGAGAUUCUCAGCCAAUUAUAAUUUUUACUGGACAUCAGGGCGAUAUUGAUGGUAUCAAAUGGGAUCCUACUGGGACUUUAUUGGCUUCAUACUCUGAAGAUGGGGCUAUAAAGAUUUGGACCUUGAAACAGAACCAAAGUCUACAUAAUCUGAUGCAUUGUGAGCGUAUAAAUAGUAUCAGAUGGAGCUGGACUGGCCCAGGUACAAGCAACCCCAAUAAGCAGCUAUUGCUUGCUAGUGCCGCAGAUGAUGGAACAGUCAAAAUAUGGGAUGGCGUACAAGGGCAUCUCCUUUACUCCUUCAAUGGUCACCGGAGAUGUGUAAUAGAGAUGGAGUUUAGCCCGGAUGGUGAUUACAUAGCUAGUGAAUCAGACGAUGGACGUUUACUGAUAUGGAAAGUCAAAGAUGGAACAAUUGUGAAGUCCUGUGAUGGCUGUGAUCCUUGGUGUUAUAAUCUUUCUUGGAAUAGAGAAGGCAACAAAAUAGCAGCAGGUUGCAAAAAUUACAAGCUUAAUGUGAUUCGCUUGUGGUAGAUCCUUUUUCUAUGCAUUGAGAAACUAUGUGGCCUUAGUAUCUUUUUCUCAACCUGUCUUACAUGCAUGGCGAUCCAAUUUAUUUUUUUCCUUU